AUGAUGAUCGUCUUCCUUGUCAUUACUCUUCUGCUCCUUGGGACUACAUGCUCUGACAAACCUCUCUACGGUAUUGGUAAUGUCACAGGGACUACAUACUCUGACAAACCUCUCUACGGCAUCAACUACGGACCACGACGAACCCUCAACUCAUGCCCUUCGUUCGACAUAAUCACAUCAGACCUUGUCCUACUUUCAAACUUGACAAACCGUAUCAAAACUUUUGGAUUGAUUGAUUCCGGUACUGGAAUGGCUUCCGUGUCUUGUCCAUUUGGUGAAUUGGUGUUGAAGGCAGCUGAUGUAGUGAAGAUGAAGGCCGACGAUAGUGAAUUGAAGAGACUUGUGUCGACACAUCCAAACCUGUUUGAGAAUGUAGACUCUGUCGUUGUUGGAUCUGAAACGCUGUUUCGUGGAGAGGAAACUCAACAGACAUUAGCUGAACGGGUCACGAAAGUACGAAACUUUCUACAUUCAAAUAAACUGGCACGGAUUACUGUAACUGCUGCUGAAAUCAAUCUACCAUUCUAUGGAGACGUCUUGAUUGCUGCUGUAGAUUAUCUUCUCGUAAACGUGUAUCCCUACUGGGAGGGUCGAGCUUCUGCUACAGCACCACAACUCCAAAUUACAGAAACCCGGGAUUUGGCCAGUCGUGGUCAAGGCAAACCGCUCGUUUUGGGAGAAGUUGGGUGGCCAACAGGUGGAGAUGCUUUUCGUGAUGCUCUUCCAUCACUCUCGAACCUGGAACAAUACUGUACGACUUGGGUCCGCAUGGCCAAAACGAAUAAUAUGGGACACUUUUUCUUUGAAGCCUUUGAUGAGUCAUGGAAGCCUGCUGAACAUGGUGGCGUUGAACAGCACUGGGGCCUAUACUACUCGAAUCGCACUGUAAAGAGUAUGCAGUGUAUCACUGCCGUUUCAUGUUGA